GACGUAUUUCCGAAUCUGCUAAUUUUGCUACAAAUUUUAUUGACAGUAGCAGUUUCAAUUGCAAGCUGUCAGCGAUCAUUCAGCAAAUUGAAACUUAUUUUAUACUAUCUGAGUGCAUCAUUGGGACAAGAUCAUCUCAGUGAUCUAGCUCUUCUCAGUGUUGAAAGAGAAACAAUAGAAAUGACAAAUUUGAAUAACAUAAUUGAUUAG